AUCGUGUGAUAAGCAGCGCAUUCAUCCCCCCUGUCAUUGGCAUUGGUUUGUUCCGACGUUUAGCUCUGAACCCACAACAUCAGGAAGUGAAGGGCGGUGGUUGAGAAACGGAGCGGCAGCUGAUUAGCUUGAAAUUACCAGUUCGUACAAAGAAGUAAACUAAGCCAGUCACAAUGUCGAGCAAAAGAGCUAAGGGAAAGACCACCAAGAAGCGCCCUCAGCGCGCCACCUCCAAUGUCUUUGCCAUGUUUGAUCAGUCCCAGAUUCAGGAGUUCAAGGAGGCCUUUAACAUGAUUGACCAGAACCGGGACGGCUUUGUUGACAAAGAGGACCUUCACGACAUGCUUGCCUCUCUGGGGAAAAAUCCAAAUGAAGACUACCUGGAAGCCAUGAUGAAUGAAGCCCCUGGACCAAUCAACUUCACCAUGUUCCUCACCAUGUUUGGGGAGAAGCUCAACGGCACAGACCCCGAGGAUGUGAUCAGAAAUGCGUUUGGUUGCUUCGAUGAGGAGGGAACAGGUUUCAUUCAUGAGGAUUACCUCAGGGAGCUGCUCACAACAAUGGGUGACCGGUUUACAGACGAGGAGGUGGACGAGCUCUUCAGGGAGGCUCCCAUCGACAAGAAGAAUAACUUCAAUUACGUGGAGUUCACACGCAUCCUAAAGCAUGGUGCCAAGGACAAGGACGAUUAAAACACCCAAACCAGACGGUUUCCUCUGACCUGCCUCCUCCUCUGCCAUCAGCUAGAUCACAAUGCUGCAUGUCUCGACUUUACUGUAAAGAUCCCGUUAAUACAAACCAAAGCAAUAACUCUUCUCUGUUUGCUGUGAACUUCCAAUUUUGCCAAAUGAGUUUGUAAAAUCUCGUAUUAAGAUGUGAGGUAGCUGAACAUUAAUAGCUUCAAGGGAUUAACGACUGCAGUUUGUGAUCAUGUUUAGCUAAGUUUUACAUUUAUAUUAACUUUUUAAAAUAAAGCCCUCUAUCCAAUUGUAUUUCUUCUGAUAGUUAUCCUUUCAUAAAACACAGUUGUAACAGGGUGCUUCACGCUGCCUCCCCCUCCUAUUCCUCGGUGUAAAUCACAUUCUUAUGGACCAACUCUGUCCUGAGUUGUCUUGACAAGUUUGCUCUCCUCUUCCACUAAAUUCAUUCAGCAUGUUCUGACUUGCACAAGAUGGAUUUGUUUAAGAGCCAGCAGGGAAUGAUGGUUGUUCAAGAACAUAUUUUUUUAUGGCAGCCUUAACCAUUACGAGAAAUAUAGGGAUGCAAAUUUGAAAUGUCUGGUUUUGCCUGUUAAUCUAAAUUCUUGAGUAAUAAAAUGUUUAACAGACAAAGGGACUUUGAACUAUGAGUCAAGAUUGCCCAGUGUAUGAUCUCAUUUGCUUUCAAUUUAUUCCAGGGUUAAAGUGUUUUUUAUAUAUCGCCCAGUAAACAUCUCCCCAUGCUGUCAGUUGACGAUGUCAAGUUGCUUACAGUGCUGUGCCUUUAUAUUAGAUUUCUGUGGGUCACUUUUCAUGAGGCUUUUAUAGGUUAUUUUCAAUAAACAUGGUCAGU